CCAGGGUCCCUCGGGUUUCGGCAGGGGUUGCCGGAGUUCGAGGCUUUCGCGCAGAGGCCGCCCACGGGAAGGACAGGGAGGGAACAGGACGCCGGGGCAGCGCCCUGUGCCCUCGCUGGGAGGCCUUUGCUCCUGCCACCUGCGCAUACCUCGGCCCCUCUGCAGCCCUUCCCAGGGUGGCCGUGCGGGGCGGGGCCAGGGCAGCCUGGCCAGGUGCGGGGAACGGAGGGGACGCCCUGUGCAUCGGGGUCCUGGUCUCCUAAGAAAGAGCCGGGGUCGGCACCUUCCGCCGGGCUUGUCCCUCGGGGUGACCCAGCUCUCCGAGGAGCCUAGAGGGUGACGGUGAACAGGAUGGAUCUCGAGAGGAGAGGGCGAGGUCUUAGGGUCGCCGACUCGGAAACCGUGGCGGCGGGCCGGGGAGCGCGGGCGGCAGCGUGGGAGUCGGGGCAAAGGUGAGCGCGGGCGGGGGCGGAGAGGAGGGACCCGCGGGCCCCCGGACCGGGACGCAGCUGUGGGAGCCGAGCCGUGGACAGGCCGCGUUUUGCGGUUGGCGCUCUCGCCUUUCUUGAACCGGUCGGAUGGUGCGUGAACCGGAGCGCUCGUCUCCCUCUGCCUUCUCCGCCCUUUCACCUAGUCCAGGGCCAUGCUAGGAAGCUGGUGAGGGCUCUCCUCUCCUCUACCAUGGUGGACGACGGCAAGGGCAAGUACGCAGUAGCCCCCCAGCAGGAGGCUCCCGCCUCCCCCGUGGGCGAUGGGGCCGGCCCGGGGGCCGAACAGGUAAAGCUGAAGAAGGAGAUCUCGCUGCUCAAUGGCGUGUGUCUGAUUGUGGGGAACAUGAUCGGCUCGGGCAUCUUUGUCUCCCCCAAGGGUGUGCUCAUGUACAGCGCCUCCUUUGGCCUCUCGCUGGUCAUCUGGGCCGUCGGGGGCCUCUUCUCCGUCGUUGGGGCGCUUUGUUAUGCGGAACUGGGCACCACCAUUAAGAAAUCUGGGGCCAGCUAUGCCUACAUCCUGGAGGCCUUCGGUGGACUUCUCGCCUUCAUCCGCCUCUGGACCUCCUUGCUCAUCAUCGAACCCACCAGCCAGGCCAUCAUCGCCAUCACCUUCGCCAACUACAUGGUGCAGCCCCUCUUCCCCAGCUGCCACGCCCCCUACGCCGCCAGCCGCCUGCUCGCUGCCGCCUGCAUUUGUCUCUUAACCUUCAUUAAUUGCGCCUAUGUCAAGUGGGGAACUCUGGUACAGGAUAUUUUCACCUAUGCCAAAGUAUUGGCGCUGAUCGCGGUCAUCAUCGCUGGCAUUGUUAGGCUUGGCCAGGGAGCCUCAGCUAACUUGGAGAAUUCCUUUGAGGGUUCAUCGUUUGUAGUGGGUGACAUUGCCCUGGCACUGUACUCAGCUCUCUUCUCCUACUCUGGCUGGGACACCCUCAACUAUGUCACUGAAGAGAUCAAGAAUCCUGAGAGGAAUCUGCCCCUCUCCAUUGGCAUUUCCAUGCCUAUUGUGACCAUCAUCUACAUCUUGACCAAUGUGGCCUACUACACUGUACUAGACCUGAAGGACAUCUUGGCCAGUGAUGCUGUUGCUGUGACAUUUGCAGACCAGAUUUUUGGAGUAUUCAACUGGAUAAUUCCACUGGCAGUUGCAUUAUCUUGCUUUGGUGGCCUCAAUGCCUCCAUCCUGGCUGCUUCUAGGCUUUUCUUCGUGGGCUCAAGAGAAGGGCACCUCCCUGACGCUAUCUGCAUGAUUCACGUGGAGCGGUUCACACCUGUGCCUUCCUUGCUCUUCAAUGGUAUCAUGGCACUGAUCUACUUGUGUGUGGAAGACGUCUUCCAGCUUAUUAACUACUACAGUUUCAGCUACUGGUUCUUUGUGGGGCUUUCUAUUGCUGGUCAGCUUUAUCUGCGCUGGAAGGAACCUGAUCGAUCUCGUCCUCUCAAGCUCAGCCUUUUCUUCCCCAUUGUCUUCUGCCUCUGCACCAUCUUCCUGGUGGCUGUCCCGCUCUACAGUGACACCAUCAACUCCCUCAUCGGCAUUGGCAUUGCCCUCUCUGGCCUGCCCUUUUACUUCCUUAUCAUCAGAGUGCCAGAAGAAAAACGACCUCAUUGCCUCCGAAGGAUUGUAGCAUCAGCUACACGGUACCUCCAGAUCCUGUGUAUGUCAGUGGCUGCAGAAAUGGACUGGGAAGAUGGAGAAGGGACAUCCAAAGAACAGGAUCCCAAGUCUAACUAAAUACCACCUAGAAUAUAAGACGUGGAAAGCAGAGGCUUUCUGUCUGCUACUGGCGAGAGCUAAGGAGGCACAACAGGAGUAUUCACUUCUUUGGAGGCACCUGUCCUGAUGCCUGGUCUAGGCAGCUUCAUCUCUGAACUUGCUUUUUAAAGAUGGAAAGUAAUUUAUUUGUUUUGCUACAUAUCAUUCCAGACUCUAAAGGGAUGCUAAAGCAGAAUGUGGUGGGGAGCACAGCACCUCUGGGGCUGCCUACGUACUCCUCUUUCUUGGGCCAACAAUGCCCCAAAUGUGUCUCGUUUAGAGACGUGAACCUGUCACAGAUGUUGGACAAUAAA